AUGAUGCCUCUGUGUGCUGCUUGCCACUGCACUAUAUAUUCCUGUGUUUUGAGACUCGCCUCUUCUCAUCAUCCCACUUCCUCUUUUCGUUCCUGUGAAGAGAGGAGAAGGAUGGGGAACUGCCAAGCACCGGAGGCGGUGGUGAUUCAGCACCCGGGUGGGAGGGAGGAGCAGCUUUACUGGCCGAUGAGCGCCGCGGACGUGAUGAAGAGCAACCCGGGCUACCACGUGGCCCUCGUCACGCUCUGCGUCUCCGAGGAGCGGGGGGACGGCGGCGGCGGCGUCGUCCGGUUGACGCGCGUGAGGCUGCUUAAGCCCAAGGACGUGCUCUUGCUCGGCCAAGUGUAUCGGCUGGUCACCUCCCAAGAGGUCACCAUGGCUCUGAGGGCGAGGAAGCAGGAGAAGCUUAACAAGUGCCAACAGCACAGAACAAACGAUCAGGUGGCGAAGCAGGAGAGGGAUCGGCAAAGGAGCGGCACGCAGAUGGCAGCGAGGGCCCGACAGUGGCGUCCUUCUCUGCAGAGCAUCGCAGAAGCUGCGAGCUGAGCUGUGCUAACGACGAGAAAGA